CUUGGCGCAGAGCUUACAGUACUGUGACACGGGGUUUAGUAUGGGCUCGUCAAAGAAGAAGAAGUCAAAGGGGAAGACGAGGAAGACGACAGAGAGCUCGGUGAGUGUGUCGAGCGCGAGCGCGAGCAAGGGCAAGGGCAAGGGCAAGGGCAAGGGCAAGGGCAAGGGCAAGGGCAAGGGCAAGGGCAAGGGCAAGGGCAAGGGCAAGGCUGUGGGCGUCGUCGCCGUUGACGGACACAAUGACUAUGCAUACAUGAUUGAUCCGGACUCGUCGUCGUCGAGCCAUCACAAGUCCAAGGGCAAGGGCAAGAGCAAGGGCAAGGGCAAGUCCAAGUCCAAGUCCAAGAGCAAGUCCAAGAGCAAGUCCAAGAGCAAGUCCAAGUCCAAGAGCAAGUCCAAGAGCAAGUCCAAGUCCAAGUCCAAGAGCAACAUCGUGUCCGUGGUUGGUCCGGACGAGGCGCGGCUGGCCAACUCGUUCAACUCGCUCGAGAGCGAGCUGUCCGACACGGAGAUCGAACGGAGCAGAAAGCCACGUCGCAGAAUGGGCAAGGCAAAGAAGGGCAAGACAAAGAAGGGCAAGACAAAGAAGGAAAAGGGCGCCAAGGCCAAGUCGUCGUCAGAGUCCAGCGAGUCGACGUCUGCGUCUGACUCGUCGCGUGUGGUGGCAAAGGCGCGCAAGGGCAAGCGUCAAAGCCACUCAGAUCUGCUUGUUGUCACCUCGUCGCUGUUCUCGUCGACGUCGGGCGCGUCCGAGCCAGCCGACUACACGCUUGCCCACCAGCUCACCCGCCACGGCCUCACCGCCAACCAAAAGGCCUUUAUCGACUACCUCAAGCAGAACGGGCAGGCGCCGCUGGCGGCUACUGCAGCGAGCGCACCAUCCGACUCUUCGGGCUACUACUCGGGGUACUACUCCGACGAGGAAGUCGGGCGCCCCGCGCCCGCGGCGGCUGCGCCGCCCAAGUACUCUUCGCGUGGUGACCGUGGCUCCAAGGGCUCGUCGGGCCGCAAUGCCGGCGGUUCGUCGCGUCGGGCCUCGGGCCGCAAGUCGUCGACCCGGACGCCGGUGCAGACGGAUAUUGUGCGGACGAUGUCUGAGAUUUCUGCCAAGUACGAGCAGGCUUCUGCCAAGGCUGCGCGCGGGCUCAACCUGACGCGGUCUGAGAUGCGUGCUUGCAACGAGCUGCGGAUGGACCAGCACCUUAUGUCGCUCGACGAGCUCAUGAACGACCCGGUGUACAAGACGGAUCCGGAGCGCGGCCUGAGCAAGUCUGUGGCUGCGGAGCGGCUCAAGGCUAACGGGCCGAACGAGCUCACGCCCGAGGACAAGGUUCCCGAGUGGAAGAAGUUUGUGGAGCAAAUGACCGGCUGGUUCUCGCUCCUCCUCUGGGCCGGUUCGGCGCUCUCGUUCUUCGGCUACAUCCUCGACUCUGAGGGUGUGGAGAACCUUUACAUUGGCAUUGUCCUUGCAGUCGUCGUCUUCCUCACUGGUGUCUUCUCGUACAUGCAGGAGCGCAAGUCGUCGAAGAUCAUGGAGAAGUUCAAGGACUUUCUGCCCAAGACGACGCGUGUCAUCCGUGACGGCACCGAGAUGUCUGUGCCUGUGGAGAACCUUGUCCUCGGCGACGUGGUCAAGGUCAAGUACGGCGACACCAUUCCGGCCGACCUGCGGAUGAUCGAGGUUGCCGGGCUCAAGGUCGACAACGCGUCGCUGACCGGCGAGUCUGAGCCUCAGGCGCGCGACACCAACGUUUCUGAGGAGAACCCGCUCGAGGCGACGAACCUUGCGUUCUUCCUCACGGCCGCAGUUGAGGGCACUGCCACCGGCGUGGUCAUCAACUGCGGUGACGACACGAUCAUGGGCCGGAUUGCCAAGCUCGUGGCGACGACCGAGCAGCGCAAGACGCCGAUCCAGAAGGAGAUUGACCGAUUCAUUCUCAUCAUUUCGACGGUUGCCAUGGUUCUCGGCAUCUCGUUCUUCCUUGUCGGUGUGGCCAACGGCACGCCGUGGAUCUCCAACCUGGUCUUUAUGAUCGGUAUUAUUGUGGCCAACGUGCCCGAGGGCCUCCUGGCUACGGUCACUGUCUCGCUCUCGCUCACCGCGCAGCGGAUGGCCCGCAAGAAGGUGCUCGUCAAGCUUCUCGACGCCGUCGAGACGCUCGGCGCGACGACCACGAUUUGCUCGGACAAGACCGGCACGCUGACGCAGAACGUCAUGACUGUUGCCCAUCUGUUCUACAACGGCAACCUCGAGGACUGCGACUUUGCCGGUACUACGCAGGACAAGACGUGGGAGUGGGACGCGCCCGAGUUCCAGGAGCUCCGUCGCGUGGCCAUGCUCUGCAACAACGCCGCUUUCGACGAGGACGAGGAGGCGAUGAAGAUCGCCAACAAGCUCGACCGCCCGGUCUCCGGUGACGCGUCCGAGACGGCCAUCCUCAAGUUUACCGAGUCGAUCUGCCGCGGCGGCGAUACGGUCAAGGACUACCGCAAGCGGAACACCAAGGGCCACCCGCCGCAUGUCCGUGAGAUCAUCUUCAACUCGAAGAACAAGUGGCAGCUUUCGAUCCACGAGCUUGAGGACGACCCGGACCAGCUCCUGCUGUGCAUCAAGGGCGCACCCGAGCGCAUCAUGCGCAUGUGCUCGCACGUCUACCGCGACGGCCGUGAGCGCACCUUUACCGAAGCAGAGAAGGCGCGCGUCCUCGCCGGCCAGAACACGUGCGCUGAGAACGGUGAGCGUAUUCUGGGCUUUGCCGAGUACUACCUGCCCAAGUCGGACUUCCCGGUCGACUACGACUUUGACAUGACGUACCCGUACAACUUCCCGGGCCCGCCGUCGGUUGACGAGCUCGCCGAUGACUCGCUCGACCUCGGUCGCUACACCUUUGUCGGCUUUAUGGCCAUGAUGGAUCCGCCGCGCGAGGCUGUGCCCGGCGCCGUCGCCAAGUGCAAGUCGGCCGGCAUCAAGGUCAUCAUGGUGACCGGCGACCAUCCGACGACUGCCAAGGCCAUUGCCAAGAUGGUCAACAUCAUCACCUCGCCGACCGCCGAGGACAUUGCCAAGGAGCGCGGCACCGAGGUCACGCCCGCCAUUCGCGCCGAGGCUCGCUCCAUCGUCAAGGCCGGCUGGGAGCUCCCUGAGUUUACCGAGGAGGACUGGCAUUUUGUGCUCGACCACGAGCAGAUCGUCUUUGCGCGUACCUCGCCGCAGCAGAAGCUCUUCAUUGUUUCGCACUGCCAGGAGCGCCACGAGAUUGUCGCCGUCACCGGCGACGGUGUCAACGACUCGCCCGCCCUCAAGCAGGCCGACAUCGGUAUUGCCAUGGGCAUCAUGGGCUCUGACGUCGCCAAGGCCGCCGCCGACAUGAUUCUGCUUGACGACAACUUUGCCUCGAUUGUCAACGGCAUCGAGGAGGGCCGCAUCACCUUUGACAACCUCAAGAAGUCGAUCGCCUACACCCUCUCGUCCAACAUUCCCGAGAUCACCCCGUUCCUCUCGUUCAUCACUUUCGGCAUGCCGCUCCCGCUCUCGACCGUCCUCAUCCUCUGCGUCGACCUCGGCACUGACAUGCUCCCCGCCAUUUCGUUUGCCUACGAGAUGGCUGAGUCGGACAUCAUGGACCGCAAGCCGCGCGCCCGCGACGACAACCUCGUCACCUCGCGCCUCAUCUCGUUCUCGUACCUGCAGGUUGGUAUCUUCCAGGCCCUGGCCGGCUUCUUCAUGUACCUCGUCAUCCUCGGCGACAAGGGCUUCCGCCCCUCCAUCCUCCCGGGCACCGGCAUCGACUGGUCGCGUGACAAGAACCUCAUGAUCGCCGGCGAGAACUACGUCGUCCGUGACGAGGCUCUCCGCGCCGCCCAGACCGGCUUCUUCAUCUCGAUCGUCAUCGUCCAGUGGGCUGACGUCCUCGCUUGCAAGACCCGCAUGCUCUCGCUCUUCCAGCAGGGCAUGAAGAACAUGGUCAUGAACGCCGGUCUCGUCGAGGAGACCAUCCUCUGCAUCAUCCUCGCCUACGUGCCGUUCAUCAACCUUGUCUUUGGCUCGCGCCCUGUCAAGCUUAUCCACUGGCUCGCCCCGGUCCCGUUCUCGCUUGCCAUCCUCGUCUAUGACGAGCUCCGCAAGGCUGUCAUCCGCCGCUCCAACGGUUUUAUCAAGCGCACCACCUACUACUAAGCUUGAGCCGUGCCGACUUGGCUUUUAAAAAACAUCACAACAACA